AUGGCUGCCGCUGCCGCCCGUCCUCUAGUCACCGUCCAAUCCCUGGAAAAUGACAUGGCCACCGAUGGAGGCUCCGCCAACUCCAUACCACUUCCCGACGUGAUGAAGGCGACGAUCCGCCCUGACCAGGUGACAUUCAUGCACGGCCAAAUUUCCAAGAAUGCUCGCCAGCCUUACGCCGUGUCCAAGAAGGCUGGACACCAGACCUCCGUCGAGUCAUGGGGAACCGGACGCGCUAUAAUCAAAUGUGAAGAUUUCAACACAUACAAAACUUUGGCCAAGGAGGAGCUAUUAGGGACAGGCGCAGGCCACCUGCUCGACGAAAGCCCAGUCCGGAAUUUUAAUCCGGUGACCCUCAUUGAAUCAGCCGGAGCAUCCCGUGAAUUUUUUCGAAGACCUCCGUGGCGGCAGCCCUCAACCCGCCGGAAAACUUCAGCCCACCGUUUCAGCUUUUGUACAUUGGUCCAAUGUGAUGGAUAG